AUGAUCGCUAGAAACGUCAGAGCGACUACCGCCACCCAAACGGCCAUACGUAUGGCUCGUGGCCAAGUCAGACUUCUCACUAGAACGCAAAGAAUGAAAGCCACUAUUGCAUCUCCAUCAUCAUCCAGUGCUGCCUCAAGACCCGCACCUGCUCCCGCUUUCAACCAAGAUGACACUCAAGGGUCCACUAACAACAACAGAAGCGACAAGACCAACAAAAAGAAUAAGAGCUCUCACUUGGCCAUGGACGAUACGUUUAUCGGUUUGACCGGUGGGGAAAUCUUCCAUGAGAUGAUGCUCAGACACAAUGUUGAUACUGUUUUCGGUUACGCCGGUGGUGCCAUUCUUCCAGUGUUUGACGCUAUCUACAACAGUGAUAAGUUCAAAUUCGUCUUGCCCAGACAUGAACAAGGUGCUGGUCACAUGGCUGAAGGUUAUGCCAGAGCCACUGGUAAACCCGGUGUGGUUUUGGUUACCUCCGGUCCCGGUGCUACCAACGUCAUCACCCCCAUGGCCGAUGCCUUGAUGGAUGGUGUUCCAUUAGUUGUUUUCACCGGUCAAGUCCCCACCACCGCCAUUGGUACAGAUGCAUUCCAAGAAGCUGAUGUCGUGGGUAUUUCCAGACAAUGUACCAAAUGGAACGUUAUGGUUAAGAAUGUGGCUGAAUUGCCUCGUCGGAUUAACGAAGCCUUUGAAAUCGCUACUCUGGGUAGACCAGGUCCUGUUUUGGUUGAUUUACCUAAAGAUGUCACCGCAGCUAUUUUAAGAGAAGAAAUCCCCAUCCAUUCCACUAUCCCACUGAAUGCAUUGCAACAAAUCACCAGAAAGGCUGCUUCUGAGUUUACUAUGGAAGCAAUCAAGAGAUCUGCCAAGUUGUUGAAUAAGGCCAAGAAGCCUAUUAUUUACGCCGGUGCCGGUUUAUUGAACAGCGAAGAAGGUCCAGCCUUAUUGAAGGAAUUGAGUGACAAGGCCCAAAUCCCAGUCACCACCACUUUGCAAGGGUUAGGUGUUUUUGACCAACGUGAUCCUAAAUCUUUGGAUAUGUUGGGUAUGCACGGGAACGCCGCAGCUAACUCUGCCAUUCAACAAGCUGAUUUGAUUAUUGCAUUGGGUGCCAGAUUCGACGACAGAGUCACACUUAAUGUCACCAAGUUUGCUCCUGCUGCUAGAUUGGCUGCCCAAGAAGGUAGAGGUGGUAUCAUUCACUUUGAGAUCUUGCCCAAAAACAUCAACAAGGUUGUGGAGGCCACCGAAGCCGUGGAAGGUGAUGUUGCCGGUAACUUGGCCAAUUUCAUUCCUUUAGUGCAUAAUGUUUCUGAAAGACCCGAAUGGAUGGGCCAAGUUCAAGAAUGGAAGCAAAAGUAUCCUUACGACUACCAAUUGGAAACCCCUGGGUCUGCCAUUAAACCCCAAACAUUGAUCCGUGAGAUCGAUGCUCAAUUGCAAAAGCUUGAUAAGGACUUCAUUAUCACCACUGGUGUUGGUCAACAUCAAAUGUGGGCUGCCCAACAUUUCACCUGGACCAAACCAAGAACCAUGAUUACUUCUGGUGGGUUAGGUACCAUGGGUUAUGGUUUACCUGCUGCAAUUGGUGCUCAAGUGGCCAAACCUGAUGCCAUUGUCAUUGACAUUGAUGGUGAUGCUUCAUUCAACAUGACCCUUAUGGAAUUAAGUUCUGCGGUUCAAGCCGGUGCUCCAGUCAAGAUCUGUGUAUUGAACAACGAAGAACAAGGUAUGGUGACUCAAUGGCAAUCUCUUUUCUACGAACACAGAUACGCACACACCCAUCAAUCCAAUCCAGAUUUCAUGAAGUUGGCUGAAGCCAUGGGAGUCGAGGGGAUCCGUGUGAAGGCCCAAGAAGAAUUGACCAGCUCAGUGGCUCAAUUCUUAAAUACCGAUAGGCCUGUACUCAUGGAGGUGUUUGUUGAAAAGAAGGUACCUGUUUUGCCCAUGGUUCCUGCUGGUAAGGGUUUGGACGAAUUUAUCCUUUUCGAUCCUGAAGUUGAAAAGGAACAAAACGAAUUGAGAAAGAAGAGAACUGGUGGUAAGUUCUAG